AUGCCGGCGCCCACGGAGCAUCGCCGCAACAAGUCUGCGAUGCUCAAAUCUAUUGUUCUACCGGGCCACAGGCGGACGCCAUCCGAUGGCACUGCAUUGAAGAAAGAGCCGCACGCCGUCCAACCGUACGCUCCGCAAGGCUUCGUCCACGGCGCACCGCUGCUGCCGCCCGAUCAUCCGCACAGCCAGCAAAGAGCUGCCAAUCACAAUCUGAAUAUUCCCAUCGACCCGCCGGUCUCACCUCAUAAGUCACAGGACACGAGAGAAGGUCGGCCCAAGGGCUUGCAUAAGAAGACGCUCAGCUCAGUUUCGCUGCGAACGCUGGGCAAGGAUAAGGAGAAGGAGAAGACCAAGGAGAGCAGGUCGAGGGAGCCAAGCCGGACGCGUCAAGAGGACCUGGCUAAGAGUCAUAAGAAGACGAAGUCGAGGACUAACCUUCGCACUCUGUUUGGCAAGGAUAAACAGGCACAAGAUGUGAAGGAGACGCGCGACAAAGAGAAUACUACGCCGCCGGGAACCUCAGACGCAGGUGCGCCCUUGCACACUCCCAUCUGGGCUGAGUUUAGCUCGCGGCCCCUGCAAGAGGUCACGACCACGAGCAAGGUGCCACUGAACGACCAGCGUCGUAGCAUUGAGGAGGAGAUUGCACUGUACACUCCCAGCAACUAUUCUCCAUCCAAGGGCCGUAAUUUCUUCGACAAUGGUCUACCUUCGCUUCAGAAGAAGUCACCAGUCAAGGAGCGCCCAAAGUCCUUCUUGGGCAGCGGCUCCACUCCCUCACUGUUCGAGACAUUUACUCGUAAGAAGAGUGACGAUCGAGUCCCACUAGGAGACACGAAGGGCAACGAAGGAAGAACCAAGGAUAGCCCUUCCAAGAGCCUCACUCCGAGACCCCCGUUGGUGCGGGCCAACACGGACAACAGCCGGGAAAGCAUCCCUCAAGAGUCCACCAGCCCUAAGAAGACAUCGAAUGCAGAAAAGAGACAGAGCCGUGUUAUGGCUGCCGUAGCUGCUUUUAACGGCAAAUCAAAGCAGACCGAGAAGGGCACUCCUGCGACGUCACCCAUCAAGCUUGAUCCGAAGAUGGUCGACGCUGAAUUCGAAGAAGUUUUGGAGUCCCGACAAAUCCCUAAUCAUCAGCGCGCCGCGAUGAGAACGCUGAAGCUUGAGGUGAAGGCCGACUUCGUCCGAACACACAAGUUGGAUACACCUUCAGUAUCUCGUACGACCUCGGCCAACUCUGGGGUCGCUGGACGGUUGUCUGCUAAAACCUCUCUGUCACGGUCGACCAAAUCGCGAGCUGGUUCUACAGAAGAGGAGAAGGUGCCGCUGGAAGACAAUGCAGGAGGCACCUCGAAGCGAGAGCGACCCAGGAGCAGGACCUUCGGUUUUACCAGAAGUGACUCUCCCACCAAGAAACAGAAGGGUGAGAAGGAACAAAAGUCUACGGCUAUCCCGAAAUCACCCUCUAUGAGAUCACUAGCAUCAGUGUCCUCUCAGCGAUCAGUUUCCAAAGGCUCCAAGACCGUGUCGCCGGAUGAGUUCAUCAACUACCUAAAGAAGACACCGAAGCCGCAGGCAGUCGAAGUAGGAAAGCUGCAUAAGCUUCGCCUGCUGCUGCGAAAUGAGCCGGUGGAAUGGGUUCACCAAUUCAUCGUCGAAGGUGGGAUGACUGAACUCGUUGGCCUCCUGCAUCGCAUCAUGGAGGUCGAAUGGAGGGAGGAUCACGAGGAUACGCUGUUGCAUGAGCUAUUGCGUUGUCUCAAGGGUUUGUGCACGGCAGACAUUGCUUUAAAGCAAUUCGCUGAGAUAUCUUCAACCUUGUUCCCAGCUCUACUAGGGAUGCUGUUCGACGAAGAACACAAGGGUCCGAGCGAGUUCACUACGAGGGAAUUCAUCAUCCAGAUUAUCUUCGCCCAUCUGUCUAUGGCAUCUGAGUCAGAGUUGCAUACUCGCGCGACAGGGCUCAUGGAACACCUCAAAGAUCCUGUCAAGGAGAAGCAGGCAUCUACCGUCCCGUUUGUCCUGCAGAUGCGCCAGCCUCGACCAUACCAGGUAUGGUGCAAAGAGAUCACGAACGUCACUAAGGAGGUUUUCUGGAUUUUCAUCCACCAUCUCAACGUCGUUCCUAUCUCGCCUUCAUCGGACGAGCCGCCCAUGUCUUACGCGAAGACUCACUUCCCUGGACAGCGCGCUAUCGUGCCAGCUGCACCCUACGUCGGCGGCGUAGAAUGGGAUGCGACCAACUACAUUGCCACGCAUCUCGACCUCCUCAACGGUAUCCUCGCAAGCCUCCCUACCCGCGAAGCGCGCAACACCUUCCGGUCUGAACUCAAAGUUUCUGGCUUCGAAAAGGUCAUGGGUCACUUGCGGACUUGCAAUCCCAAGUACUAUGGCGCUGUUCAUGACGCUGUCAAAGUAUGGGUCGGUGCGGCAUUGGAAGAUGACUGGCCAGUCCGCGAUGUCAGGAUGGGUCCGCCUGAUGGCAAGCCUGGCGUUGGGAGUCCGAUAAAGCAGAGCCCCAAGAAGAAGGCGGAGAAGCCGCCGCAGAUCCAGGCACCUAAGGUUGAGAUCGGAGGUGGCCUGGGACUGGGCUUCGAGAAAGAGAUCGCUAUUGGAGGGAACCACAAGAUUGACGACGAUUGGAUUUGA